AGAAAUACAAAUGUGUGUGUUAAGUUCUGUUUUUCCCGCUCUGUAUCACUUCUCUUUAGUUUGCUAAUGGACUUAUUCUUUGAGAUCAGGUCAGUCAUACAACUGGGUUAGAAAUGCUCAUCAAAGAAAAAUGAAAUAUGAUAGAAAAGUUGAAUUAAACAUGUUUCAUUCACGUUUAAUCAGUUGAAACUAGACAUCAUAGACAAAAGCAGUAACAUAAUAAAUUUAAUGAUUAAUUUAUAUGCAAUGUCAUUCAUUGUUGCUGAUUCUUUAAACUCAGUUAUGUUUCAGGGUGAAUACAAUAAAUGUGAUCACUUUUUUUGUUCAAAAGGGUAUUUCUUUUAACACAAGUCAGAAGUUUAAGCCUGUAUCUUCUGGCUUGGUCUUUCUAAUGUUUGUGUUUCUUUAUGUCAUUUUCAAUCUGUUGUGAGGUUUAAGUUUAUUCAAAUCUACUGUCUGAGAUAAGACAAUAGAGGCAAAUGCAAAUGACAAGUGUCAAGAAAGACUUAUAGAUUUAUAAUCAGUUUUUGAACAUCAUGUUCCAGACAUUUUAGUUUUUAUCGAUAACAUAAAAAUGCCUCUUUAACAGUGACAUUUAUCUUGACCUGUUACUGAGGAUAAAGACAAUUCAGAGAAAGUGUUCUGCUUUACAGACAAGGUUUUGUGCAUGUUCAGCAGAGGUAAACCCUGAUGUAUUAUUUUCUUGAUUUUUUCUUAGUCAUUUAGAAAAAGAACAAAGAAGGAUGGAUGAAGAAAAUUGUUCCUCCUUGACUGAAUUCCAACUCUUGGGAAUUUCUAAUAACCCUGAGAUCAAAGUGACCAUAUUUGCUAUAUUUCUGGCUGCAUAUCUCAUUAUUCUUGUGACAAAUCUUGGAAUGAUCAUUUUAAUUAGAAUGGACUCCCAGCUUCAAACACCAAUGUACUUUUUCCUCAGCCACCUCUCCUUCUGUGACCUCUGUUAUUCCACAGCAGUUGGACCCAAGAUGCUAGUGGAUCUCUUAACUAAAGACAAGUCAAUUUCCUUCUAUGGCUGUGCUCUGCAAUUCUUCAUCUUCUGUAUCUUUGGAGGUUCUGAGUGCCUCCUGCUGGCAGUGAUGGCCUUUGACAGGUACAAGGCCAUUAGCAACCCCUUGCUCUAUACAGUCAACAUGUCCAGCAGGGUGUGCUCCGUCCUCACGGCUGGGGUUUACCUAGUGGGCACGGUGGAUGCUUUGAUAGAUAUGACGUUAGCUUUCCGCUUACGUUUCUGUGGGUCAAAUGAAAUUAAUCAUUUCUUCUGUGACUUACCUCCCCUUCUCCUCCUUUCCUGUUCUGAUAUUCAGGUCAAUGAGCUGGCAUUAUUCACUGUUUUUGGCUUCAUAGAACUGAGUUCCAUUUCAGGAGUUCUUGUCUCUUACUGUUACAUCAUUCUCUCAGUCUUAAAGAUCUGCUCUGCUGAGGGACAGUUCAAAGCUUUCUCCACUUGCACCUCUCACUUAAUUGCUGUUGCAAUUUUCCAGGGAACAGGACUUUUCAUGUAUUUCCGACCAAGUUCUGUCUACUCUCUAGAUCAAGACAAAAUGACCUCAUUGUUUUAUACCCUUGUCAUCCCCGUGUUAAACCCGCUGAUUUACAGUCUACGAAACAAGGAUGUGAAAGAGGCUCUUAAGAAACUUAAAAAUAAAAGAUGGUUUUAUUGAAAAAUGAUGUAUUUAUUUUCUCCCAAUGUUCCUUUAUAAUAUGUGGAAAUUGAAUUUGUUUCAACUAAU